AUGGCUGACGGGGAUAUGUACAAGGCAACUUACAACGACAAGGGCCUUUGCAAGGGAGACAAAAUCACAUGGCAACAAGUGGACGAGAUAGAGCAACAGCCGCCAGUCGUGGCGCCGAACGGAGAACGCUCUAUUUGGUUCGUUCGAAUCCUGAAGUACCCUAGUUCCACACAUCCUCGAAGCGUCAAUGACGAGAUGCGUGAAAGGGCACGCGUCUUGAUCGCUAACAUGGCAAGUAUGAUUGACACCGAAUUCACUGACUUUGAUGGCGAAGAUGAUGCUCCAAACGGCCGAUCAAGUGCAUUCGAAGGGCCUUUACCAGCUCACCUCCAUCAACAUUUCCGCCGAGGCUUCCGUUCCAUAAAUCAAAUCAACUUCAAGAUGCUCCAAGAUCUGGAAGACGUCUCACAACCCGAAUACCACCAGCUCAAACUUGCGGCCACUUUGGUGCACGAAUUCGCACACGCAUUCCAGAAAGCUGUCAACGGCAAACGACGCGAAGAGAACUCGCCCAUUGUAGAGGCUGGCUACGACUUCGUCAACGAGAUCUUCGGAGGCAUCGUCAAUCUAAACAGCGCCUUGUUCGAAACUUGUGGCCGGAAGUGGACGAAGAAGAAGAAUUUACCACCACGUUCCAAGAUGAAUGGCGCACCUGCCAUCAAGAUAGCAGUCCUACAGGAAUGGCCCUCCCAAAUCAUCGCCGAGUCCUACGGCGAAUGUGGUCGCAAAAUUGGCCUUCGUUGCGGCUGGAGUGUCGCUGUGGCGCGCGUCAACGCACUCACGUCCUCGUACAUGCAGAGCGUGUUCACAAAUUCCUUUUGGCAUGCCGGUAGGUACUCUGCAGCUGUCUUGACGGACCGCAGCUCGCCGUUCUGGUAUAUUGGUCAUGAACGUCAAGUUGUGGAAGGUGAGUCGAGGUUGGUUCAGAAGGAUUGGUCGCUGGGCGAUCCGGUUAUUCAUAGGUAUUAUGGUGGAGGUAUGGUGGCUGCAUCGCAGUGGAGGCCGCGGGGCCAGGAGCAGGAGGAUCUGGAUAUUCUUGGGGAUGCGAUGAUUAUGCGUCCAACACGGAGGAUGGUGGGUCGCAAGCGGCGUGAGGAUAAAUAA